AGAAGUCGACCGACUCGAAUGACAAAAUUCUUCAAACUGUAACCUAACCUAACGUCCGUGGGAUCUAUUCGGCUUUCCGAUAAAGGAUUAAAGAUCCCAAGAUGUACAAAUUGAUAGUCAGAACGCUCGCCCGGGAGGGCGCGAACACGUUGGGGCCCGUAAAACGCACCCCGAUACAACGGGGCCUCGCGAGGACGCAGACGGAGACGGAGAAGCCGGGCAAAGUAGCUAACCUCAAAAGGUACUGGUUCGCCAAGUACAUAAAUUACAUCAAGAAUUACGAGCGCACGCUGGAGCAAAAGUUCCCGCGUACGAUGCGGGUCUACCGCGUGUUCAGCGACGGCAGCAAGGACGUGUACACGGACUUGAAAAGAUUCGUCGCCGCGAUAAAGAAGCAGGGCUCGUACGGCGUAGACAGCUUGACGCGGGAGGAGCUGCAGCUGAUGCACACGAUGCCGAGAGAUCUGCGAAAGCUCUCGCCGUUGUUCCUACUGUCGGCCCUACCAUUUACGAAUUACAUUAUUUUCCCUCUAGCCCUAUACUUCCCACGCUAUCUACUGACGUCGCACUACUGGACGCUGCAACAGAAGUUGGAAUUCAUGCUCUCUGAUCAUAAGAGAAGAUUGAAACACAACCGGCCGUUGUUCAGAUGCAUGCAGGCCGAACUAAAGAGCAUCAAAAACGAGGCGCUCAGGAUAAAGUGGCGUGAUGCUAUAGCUUGCCUGGGAAGUGGCACGCAUCCAACCACUAAAAAUAUUAUAGCUUGUUCCGAGCUCUUUUCAGGCUCGCCAUAUUCCCUCAGUAAUCUCAAAAGAAAACACCUGACAGAAUUAUUGGCAAUACAUGGCAUGCCAAUAUGGAAACCUUUCAAGAGGAAAAGAUUGAUGGAGAGGGGUAUGCUAAUAUUGCGGAUGGAUCGCGCUAUCGUACGAGAGGGAGGAGUAAAAGAAAUGCCUAAUGAAGCAAUGCGAUGGGCAUUAUCCUUUAGAGGUCUGAAUCCUGCAAAUAUGUCUACAGAAAACAUGAGACGUUGGCUUGAACAAUGGUUAAUAAUAUCUGCAUCUGUUGACCAAAAUAAUAUAUCUUUGUUAUUACAUAGCCCUAUUUUAUUAGCUUAUAAUCAUUCAACAAAUUGGAUUCUUAUAUACAGUUGAAAAAUCGGCAAAGAGAAAAUUUUAAAUUUCUUUAGCUUUUUUCCACAAAACAUUUUAUUUCUUAAUAAUAUCACAGUUUUCGCAAAUCUGCUUUGAGAUUCUUAACAAGUUUAGCAUUCUUUUGUCAGAAUUUUUAUGUUGUUAAUUAUUAACAAAUUAAUCCGUCAUUUUUUCAUUUGUGGGUAUUGAACAGU